CCACUUUCGAUCAGUACCUGAAUCUGAAGAUACUAGCCUCGAUGCUACCUGCAUUGGUUAGAUCUUGUGCCUCAAAGAGCGAGUCCAUAUGAGUACUUGAUACGUGCUUGUGGGGAUUCUCUCCCUGCUAAAUCAAUCGGACCAGUUCUGACAUAGAACUUGUACAACAUUCAUUUACUCAGUACACCGCCAAAGCUCAGCGUUUCGUUUCAUUCCUACCGGUCCUCGGGUUUUCGCCCAUGCUAGCCUUAUAAUGUGGGACGACACUAUGACUGGAGACCGACCACUACCUCACGCGGCUGCAAACCCAUUGGAGGCACAAUUUCAGGUCGUUAGUAAGAGAAGAUGCAGGAGAGAGGGCGGGAAAUGGACACGCACUGGCUGUCUGACAUGUAAACGUCGCCGGAAAAGAUGUGACGAAUCUAAGCCUGGAUGUCGUAGCUGUGCUAGAUUAGGGCUACGGUGUGAGGGAUAUGGCUCAAUAUGGGCAGAGCCCUUGAACCCGUCAGCACAGGUCUUCAGUCAAACAAAACCAACAAAGCGCAGGAGACUUAGCACAUCGUCUUCCAUUUCCUCAUCCUCCUUGGGACGAGCAAAUUCUAGUGAUAGCGAUAUGUGUUUAUCGAACGUCGAUGACACUAUGGAUGAGGUUGACCAAAUGCCAGCACAUACCACUGCCGAGAAUGGUGACCUCUCUAUAAUGACACUCACACCCUGCAAACCCCUCAGUCAUCUUUCGCACUCAGAAACGCACUAUCUUCAAUACCACAUGGAGCUCGGCUCCAAGUUACUCGCAAACCUUGAGAGCGCCGACAACCCUUUGCGGUCUCUGAUCAUUCCUCGGGCCCUAUCAUCCUCGCUCCUUAUGAAAGCGUUAUGCGCAGUAUCAGCGACGCAUUGUGCGAAUCGAAUAGCUGCCCAUUCAGAAGCCCAAACUGCUGCCACAAUGUAUUACAUUCAAACCCUGAAUGGGCUGCAAUCUGUGCUCUCGGAAUAUCCCACUGGAAGAUUCCCUGAUGAAGCUAUUCUCGCGGUGGCUUUACUCUGCAAAUACGAGAUUGUCCGUGGAAGCGUUAAGCAGUGGGUAGCGCAUCUGAAUGCUCUUCAGAAGCUAGUCAUUGCACGGGGAGGGUUUGGGGCUUUGAAUCAUGAUACCCGGGAGUUCUUGAUGGGCUUGUAUGUCGUCAGUCUCAUGGAGAAAAAGGCCAUACUGACAAAAAAUAAUAGCUACAUUUAUGCUCAUAACGUUGCUAAAAUCAGCAAUCGCAAGCAAAUCACCUCCAGCAUGCUUGAUAUGGAGGACGUCAGGAUCACCAAGCUCGAUAUAUACAUUGGCUACGCGGAAGAUCUUGUCAAACUCUGCGCGAGGAUAGCUGAUCUACCUUCCCUGAGCCAUGACCCUGUAGCUUUGGGAAUCGAAAUUCAUGCAAUUGAUACCCUACUGCAUGAUUGGACGCAUCAGGACAUAAGGUACAUCAUUCCCGAGGGCAUCACAGAAAUGAACCUCUGUCGUCUCCGCAUGGUCGCAAAUUGUUUCCGCGAUGCGGCAUACAUCUACCUCCAUUCAAUACUGGAGAAGAUGAGCAAGGGUAUGAAAACCACCUUCACUGCAGGCCCUUGGUCAGCUUUGAUCACUAUGACGAGGUCGGAUGCCCUGCAGAUGCUUCUGGACAGGAUCCGAACGGCCUCACCCCUCGAUGCCCACUGCGAAUAUUCGGCGCUCACAUUUCCUUUGCUCAUCGCGGGCUGCGAGAUCAGGGUACCCGAUGAUAAAGAGCUUAUCAUGACAUGCUUGAGUAGCCUUGAGGUCAACUUCGGGAUUGGGAAUGUUAAACGAGCGAAGGAGAUGCUACAAGCUCUAUGGGCUAUGGAAGGAGUGCAUUGGCUGGACUUGCUGGAUCAAUUACAGUGGGAUCUCAUACUGGCUUGAUAUGGGAGAUCGAUUUUGGAGAGGGUAUGGACCUCCGGAGGCGGAGAGGUAUGCCCAUAAUGAACAAUUUUAUGAGUCCAAGGCAUAUAAGAUUAUCUCUUAGCCAGGUGAUAGAAUGAUGAUGCGCGACGGCGCCAAAGUUUGAAUCACCAGCGCAAUUGUUAUAUUUGGCUAGAAUUGUAAGGGUAUCUUCAUGUCGUCGUGGCGUAAGUACAGGACAAAGAUGGUCGAAGCGCCCAAGAGGCCCAAACUCAACUUAUGGGCGUCAUAAAAAGAAAGAUGCUUCACUCAAAGGUCAAUCUGAAAGGUUUGUGCACGAUGCUUCGCAACGGAUUUGUAAACUGAGAUCAGCUCAAUCCCAUAUUCACCUCGUCGCCUAGCCCCAAUUCUCGCUCUGCCCGUUCGGUUCCUCCUGCCGCUCGGGCAGCCC